GUUGACGAUCGUACGGCACGCGAUGGAGGUUUUCCUUGACUAAUCGCGCGGAUGUGUGUCAAAUUAAGCACUGACCUCGAUCCAUUUUCUCGCAGCGGCGAUAAAUUAAUACGUGUCCGAACGUGACGCUCGUCCGAUCGAGCUGACACGACGAUUACCACAAUUACAUAAUUCCAGAUUUCUUAACUGCCGAACGCUGCAGUGAAUCGAACAAAUGGGACAAAGAAUAAAGAUAUUUCACGGUCCCGACGUGCAGAUAACCCCUUCGCGUUGUCGGUACGUCCAAGAUAGCGGAGAUGCGAAGGCAUCUGAAAAACGUUUUAACAUUGCAAACACGGAGUCUUGAAAUAGAAGCGGACGCCCUUGCAGACGGAAGCCACGAAACGAUCGAGUAAGAUUUACAACACUGCACUUUGUCCCGUGAGUCGAAUUCGGCGCUUGAUCACCGUGCGAUCGCGCAGAGAAAGUUUCCAGCGACACUAACUGCAUACGAACGUGUUUUUUAGUAGGUAACGAGGUUCGACACCUUGCGACAUUAUCGUUCGUCAAGAUCACCUUCCAAUACAACCAAUCGCUUCGUUAACUCGAUGAUCAUUGGGAGGAUGAAUAAUUAAAAAACUGGAGAACAGAGUAGUUCAAGGUGAAGUAAAAAGAUGAAGUAAAAAGUCCAAAGAAUAAGAACCAAGUCAGGAUUUCUCUAAUCUCUCGCGCUUCAAACGACGCUGACGAAAGGCAAUGUGCCUGCGACCUUGAACGCACAACGUCCUCGACAUUCUCGUAGGAUGGUCAGACGGAGGUGGUAGCUAUGAACGCCCGAUUGACCGAAGCGGAGACGUCCGGCGAACGAUCACUCGUGUACCGCGUCUCGCGAGCACCACACCAGCAGCCGUUCUCUUAUCACCAUUGAGCUUUUGCGUAUCGUCCCGUUGUUUACACGUGGCGAACGUUGUUAAUCGUUACUCAGAUCACGAACGGGAAAUAUCGCGGAGUAUCGUGGUCGCUCGGCAUGGAGAAAUGCUGCGAGGCCACCGGGAAAGGUGGUUGCACAGGCGAUUCGAGGCUCGCUGGUAGUUGUCUCCUCAGUGCCUAGUGAUUGACUGACCGACCAGCUUUUUCCGGCAAAUCGACCACCGAUCGGUUGAAAAGACUUCGAUCGUUCGCGUUCUUUCCUCCAACUUCCGGGCCGGAAACACGCGGUCUAACGAUUGCUACCUGUUGAUCGUGCCACGAGUGUUUGCUAAAUGUGUCCGCCACGUUGAACCAGUUGCGCGCUCAUUUACACCAUCGUGCAACUCAAGUGAACUGGGAACUUAUUAGACACGUGCUUUAUGAAUUGUGAUUUUUAAUCAAUUUUUCAAGUGCACUGAUCAUUUGGACUUUUUUCAGUAGAUUUGUGCAUUCAGCUGCAUCGGAUUCUUUCCUCGCUGAUUGAUCGUCAAUGAGUGGCAAAGAAUCGACUAGAGACAAUCAUUCUUUUUAAAGAAUGUGAUUUUAUUAGAAACGUUUCCAAAGAAUCGAUCAGAAAAAUGUUGCCCUCCUCGAAAUUACUGCAGGAAGAGCCAGCAACAGAAUCAACCGCGGCGAGCACGUCGCGAGAUCCGUCGAGCGUACCGAUCACCUUGCCGAACACGCCGGUCGACCACGCCACCGACGACGAUCCUCCACCUUACUCGGAUAUCGUUCCGCCGAAUCACAUCGGUUGGACGUACGACUUUUCGGCGAUUCCGUAUUCCGCGUGCACCAGCACACCGUGCAGGCAGACCGAGGUGCCGUUGGCAUCCUUCCAAACGUCGGGCUCGUGUUUCCAUCCCGAGGGAACGGAUAGUCAGCACACGUCAAUCCCGAUGCCUUUAAUGUCCUGUCGGUUGUUCAUGUUCGGCUCUCACAGAUCUCUGUUCUCGCACAGCAAUCUGCCGUUCUCCGACAACAUCUCGAUCAGCAAAGAUAGCCAAGGAAAGACACGCAUCGGUUGUCGAGAGUUUCGUUCUUGGAAAUCGUUUUACCCAGGACGAGGACAACGGGUAACGAAUUUGUUUGAAUGCAAAGUGCAGAGGAAAAAUGCUACGCGUUUCACUGAAAUUUUCCAUCCAUUCCAAAUACGCGGAACGCGGGUAACGAGAUCUUUAACGCUACACGCUUUUCAGCUGCCUCAUAAUUCGACCCUCUGGACAUUCAUUACCGACAAGCUUUUUUAUUGUAACAAACGAGUGUAACGCGAGCAGAUACAACGUCUGGCUUCAGAAAUACGGUGCCAUUCUCGUUGGAGCAGGAGUAAUCGUUUUCCUCAUGGCUUUGUCGUUGAUCGUACGACUCAUUAUGGAGAAAAGUCUGUGGCAGAGAUAAUCCGUGAUCUCUCAAUAAUCAAAGAGAAGAUCGAUAAAGGAAAGAGAAAUAAAAAAGACUUGAUUGACGCGGAAAACGGAAAGUCAUGUCGUAACGAGACAGAUUUUCUUCGUUGUCGAUUUAGACUGAACUCGGGAGUAAGAAUGUUAUCACGGUAUAAUUUCUGUCGAGUUGAUGCAAUCGCAGGUGUAAUUGGACCGUGAUUGCCUGCAAUAGAACGACUGGAAUUCGAGUGACACGUGCAUUAAUCGCUUAAUUAUUCGACCAACGAACGUGAUAUUAAACGUUUAUUUGCAUACUGCAGAGUAACGUAUCGCUCACGUCCUCCUCACGAUAUAGUAUAAUCGAACUUUACUUUUACGGUUAAUUUUACGUCGCUAAGCGAACUUUGUACAUAAUUCCUUUUUAUUACCCGAUAAGUUUUGUAAUUUAAAUAUAAGUUAAUAAACCCAUCGACGAGUUGAGAAGAAACACAAAA